AAAUGAAGUCCUCAGUGAGUGGGAAGAACAUCACCCCUAAAGAAGCUGCACAGAGGACUGGAUGACAUGGCUGCCAGGCCUGUCCCAUGGCUGGGCUCUCUCUUCCUGGUUUCCCUCUGGGGGGCCUCGGCUCCAGCUUCCCUCCUUAGGCGCCUCAGUGAGCACAUUCAGUUGUUUCAGGAGAGCGCUGGCUUGGGCCCGAGCCUGAGCCUGGGCUCAGGUGCUGUGGCCCCCCCGAAAGAGGGGUGGCUGGAGCAGCCACUGGACCCCUUCAAUGCAUCUGACAGACAGUCUUUUCUGCAGCGGUAUUGGGUAAAUGACCAAUAUUGGACCAGCCAGGAUGGACCUGUAUUCCUGCAUCUAGGGGGCGAAGGCAGCCUUGGACCUGGCUCAGUAAUGAGAGGGCACCCCGCAGCACUGGCCCCAGUCUGGGGAGCCCUGGUGAUAGGCCUGGAACAUAGAUUUUAUGGCCUGAGUAUACCUGCUGAAGGGCUGGACAUGGCCAAGCUCCGCUUCCUGUCCAGUCGCCAUGCGCUGGCCGAUGUGGUCUCUGCCCGCCUUGCCCUCACCCGCCUCUUCAACGUCUCCUCCUCCAGUCCCUGGAUCUGCUUCGGAGGCUCCUAUGCUGGCUCCCUGGCUGCCUGGGCCAGGCUGAAGUUUCCCCAUCUCAUUUUCGCCUCCGUCGCCUCUUCCGCUCCCGUGCGGGCUGUACUGGAUUUCUCCGAGUAUAAUGAUGUGGUGUCCAAAAGCCUAAUGAACACUGCGAUUGGAGGAUCCCCGGAGUGCCGCGCCGCUGUGUCCUCAGCCUUCGCGGAGGUGGAGCGGCGGCUGCGCGCGGGCGGGGCUGCUCUGGCAGCGCUGCAGGCGGAGCUGGGCGCCUGUGGGUCCCUGAGGCGCGCUGCGGACCGGGAGGAGCUGCUGGGGACGUUGCAGGCACUCGUGGGAGGCGCGGUGCAGUACGACGGGCAAGUGGGAGCGCCGCUGAGCGUGCGACAGCUCUGUGGACUCUUCCUCGGGGAUCGGGACAACAGCAGCAGCCCUGCGCCCUAUCUUGGGCUUCAUCGGGCAGUGCAGGUUGUCACACACAGCCUGGGCCAGAAGUGUUUAAGCUUUUCUCGAGCAGAGACAGUGGCACAGCUGAGGGUUACAGAACCCCAAGUGUCCGGCUUGGGCGAACGGCAAUGGUUGUACCAGACCUGUACCGAGUUUGGCUACUUUGUCACCUGUGAGGACCCUGGAUGCCCUUUCUCCCAGCUUCCAGCACUGCCCUCCCACCUAGAGCUAUGUGAGCAGGUGUUUGGGCUUUCAACCUCAUCGAUAGCCCAGGCUGUGGCCCGGACCAACUCCUACUAUGGUGGCCAGACCCCAGGGGCCACACAAGUGCUUUUUGUUAAUGGGGACAUGGACCCCUGGCAUGUGCUAAGCGUCACACAGGCCUUGGGACCCUCAGAGUCAGCCAUUCUUAUCCCCGGUGCCUCUCAUUGCUUGGACAUGGCACCUGAGAAGCCCUCAGACUCCCCCAGCCUCCGCCUGGCACGCCAGAACAUCUUUCUGCAGCUACAGACCUGGCUCCAGCUGGCAAAGGAGAGCCAGGUUAAAGGUGAGGUCUGAGCCCCACACCCUCGCCGCUCCCUGGGGGGCCACCCCACUCCUGGAUGUAUACGUUUAUUGCACAAGAGAAAGCAGCUUGUUUUGAAAGAGGAAAAUUCCAGGAAUUCGGAUUUAGCUUUUGUUCUGCAGAAAACUGACUUGUGCCUGCAAACAUCCUCAUGCCUAACUAUAUCACUUUGUUACAAAGUUAUAUAAAAAAUAAAAUAAAAUAAAAUGGGGGUGUGGGGGGAUGGCUGGGGUUGUGGGACGGAAAUCCUGUGAAAUUGGAUUGUGAUGAUCAUUAUACAACUACAGAUGUGAUAAAUUCAUUGAGUAAUAAAAAAAUUUUUUUAAAUAAAGAUAAGAUAAAGAAAAACCCCACAGAGCUGUGCAAAUAAAAAUGGUGAUUAUUCUUGUUGUGAA